GGAUCCUCAACGUGUUCUCACUCCUCGGAACGGCAAUGGCAGGGCGGACCUCUCAUUGGAUCGGCUGCCCCUACACAAUUGUGUUGGCGGGGGCCAUCUUCUUCAUCGACUCUGCUGACAAUUACUUGUAUUGUCCGGCAUCAAGUGCAAUUUUGGAUGAAGAGGAGCUUCUAUGCUUCCAAAGUCACUGGAUUAAAGGUGGCCAUUGAAUGGGAAGCUAGCACUGAUGGGAGCAUCAAUUGCGCUCCAAGUGAGAUGAGUGGAUGUGGCAAUCAUAAAUUAGAGCUUCAGCGCAUACAUGAUAAAGAUUGGAUAAGCAGGCUUGAGUUGCGAGCAAGAAACUUGCUGGAAAUUGGCAAAAUUGAACAUACCACUCAGAAGCAUAAUUGCUCUGAAAUUGGGGAUAAGAUGCUACAGAAAUCCGCAUCCAGAGAAGAUACACUGACAAUUACUUGUAUUGUUCAGAAUCAAGGGCGAUUUUGGAUGAAGAGGAGCUUCUAUGUUUCUGAAGUCAAUGGAAUAAAGGUGAACCUAUCAUAGUUCGAAAUGUUCUAGAGCGGACCCCUAAUUUGAGCUGGGAAUCCAUGGUAAUUAGGCGUGCAUUAUGUGAAAAUAUGGAUUCAGUAUCUGGUUCAAAAUUUUCCGAAGUUAGAGCCAUUGAUUGCUUAGCUGGUUGCGAAGUAAAUUUCA